UAUCCGCUGCGCUUCUGUGUGGGGCGGACAGCAAAGCAGCUACGUCGCGCCUACCUACCAGCUCCAGGAAUGGACUGACUUUGUAGCUUCACCAAGACCACUGACAAAUCCUCUGUUCCUCUAAAGACUCAUCUGAUCAAGAGAUCCGCGUUCAGAGUUCGACCCGACGAGCUGCUUUUAAUCUGAAGUUGAUUAAAGCGUCAACACAGAUUUUCUGCUCUUUUUCACCCCCCACUCGCGAGACUCAUUUGUAUCCGCUGGACGAAGCGGGAUUCAACUUAAACGAACCCGCAGACAUUUUGUUAUUUCUGAGGUUUAGAGCGUUUUCUGCCUCUUACUUUUUCAGCAGUGUUGGCGCAGCUGGUUGAAGGAGAGCGAACUUAAAGCUUUGAAGGAGCAACACAAGACGAGAGGAGACAGCAUUCAUCCUUUUUUUCCCUGCUCCAUCCGAACACACUGUGUACAUAACGUUAUUAAUUUACAUGCGUUCAGCUCGCAGCGACGCUCCUGCGUAAAAGCGGAUCUUUCUCCAGCGAUGGAUCAUUCUGACUGACAGCUUCUGAAGAAUCAGCUAGCUUAGCCAGUGAGGAACCAGCGCUGGUGUUGUUCCUGCUCACAGUAAAUACAAGGUCCGGACAGGUACAGCUGAAUGUUCUUCUACCAACCAGACAGGACACCGACUCUUUUAGUGACCUCGCUUAUCGUCUGCUAAGUGCUUUACUCAGAUCCAGCUGAAUCUUUCAGGAGGCUCGAUAGCCACUGUUAGCUCGGCAUCCUGCUAACGCUGGACAGCUCCUGUACCAGGCUAGCUUUGGACAAAGGACCAGCGCAAAGGGAACAUAUAAACACAGGACACUCAGCUGGUCGUGUUUGGGAAGGACAGCACCAAACAAGGAAUUGACAUGAUGUUUCCACAAUCAAGACACUCAGCUUCAUCGCAGCAGCUGAAAUUCACAACCUCUGACUCCUGCGACAGGAUCAAGGAUGAAUUCCAGUUCCUCCAAGCACAAUACCACAGUUUGAAGCUUGAGUGUGACAAGUUGGCCAGUGAGAAGUCAGAGAUGCAGCGCCAUUAUAUCAUGUACUAUGAGAUGUCCUACGGGCUCAAUAUUGAGAUGCACAAACAGGCUGAGAUUGUCAAGAGAUUGAACGGGAUCUGCGCACAAGUCCUCCCCUACCUGUCUCAGGAGCACCAGCAGCAGGUCCUGGCGGCCAUAGAGAGGGCCAAGCAGGUCACUCCCCCAGAGAUGAACUCCAUCAUAAGGCAGCAGCUCCAGGCUCACCAGCUGUCUCAGCUCCAGGGCCUGGCCCUACCCAUGACCCCUCUGCCGCUGGGCUUGAGCCAGCCGGCCCUCCCCGCCGUCACCACCUCCUCCGGUCUCUUCUCCCUCUCCUCCCUGCUGGCCUCUCAAGCCCAGCUGGCCAAGGAGGAGAAAGCGUCACGCGACGGAGUAGACAGCCACCGCGAGGAGGACGGAGACAAGUCUGAUUAGAUGGUGUCCCCAUUCAGCUCUGUUUUUGUUCAGAGGCAUGAAUCCCAAGAUCUGAUUCUCCUUUUUGCCUACAGCCUCUCCCCUGGUCUCCCUCUCUCUCUCUGGCUGAAGCUAACAUUGGCUUCAAUGCUGUCACCACCGCUCCAGCUACAGACCCCAAACCAACUCCUGUUAUUGGGAGAGAUUUGACACCUGCUCCCUUUGUCAGACUUGUCCAGAUCUCUUCAUAUCUAAUAUACUUGGUUUUGUGUCAAUAUCAUACCCAGCAGGGUGACUUAGUUUCUUCUGUUUCUUGUGUCUUUUCUUCAGGCACUGCUUUUUGUGAGCGAUUAAUCUUCAGUUUAUUUCUUUUUUUUUAUCAGCCCUUAUUUCUGUUUCUGUUCCUUCCUCACUUCCUGUUGCUUUCUCUCUGUCCUUAUUUUAGUUAAGCUUUUUUGUUUUCUCUUUCACCCUCUAGAUCUCCCCAAACCCUCUCCUCGUUUUUAAAAGGUUUCUUGUCAUGCAGGACUGAUCUGUGACACACCACACUGUGGGUGUUAAAACAGGCUCAAUGUUAGACAUGGUGAUUCCUGGGCAGGAGGAGGAACUUGACCCAGACACAAAACAGGAAUAGGACAAACUUAGUUUUCCUACAGAGACCAGUUGUAUUGAAAUCUUUUGCCGUUCAGAUUGCAUGCAUUCAUUUGAAGAUACAUUUUGGCUCUAAGUUUAAAAAGUGGUAUGUUAUGAGUCAGAGAAGCAGUAAAUGUGUGCCGUCAUGUCCUGGCCAAAGGAAAAACGUAUCUGAAUCUUCACACACACACACCUCCAAACCAACGACUGCCACAUUAGUGGGAAGUAAAACUGUAAUGAGAAGACAUCUCCCGUCAACAAAGUAGAGAUUUUGUGUAUAAUCCUAAAUUUAUCCGUGGAAAGGCACCACAGGAAAAGCACCUUCUUAGAACAAACUUCAUGCUGAGAGCUGUCAGACAAGAUAACAAACCCACCAGAGUCAGUAAUCCUGAUCCUCACCUGACCCUGCGAGGAACAUCAGAUAAAUCCGCCCCGGCACCGUCACUGACAGGCUACAUUUUCAUCAGCAGCUAAAUGAGCAGAGCUGCCACUUGACUCCUGCUUCCUCCCACCACCUUUUUCAUCUUUUAAUGUGCACUGAUACGAGAGCAGGCACAGAGGGGAGAGAGAGAGAGAGUGUGCAUGUUGUGUGUUGACAGCAGAGGGCAGUGUGUGUCCUCGCUGAGUGCAGGCAUGAGCAGAGACAGGACAGGGUACAGGCUGUGUCACCAGAGGAAAGGACUCUGUGUGUACAAAGUUAGAAUACAGCCACUAGACUGGAUGGAUGCCAUUCUCUGCAUGCAGUCAGACUUAAACUCGCUCAUGAUCCAGUAGGAAGAGUCUGUUUUGAGAGCAUUAGGCACACUGGACUUGUGCUUUAGAUGCCUCUGUACAUUCAGAUUUAAAUACUGCACAUAUGAAGGCCCUCUACAUGUCACAAUAAGGUUUCCCAGCUACAGACAACACUAGGAUCUAACAAACUUAAAUCAGCACCCAUUACACAUAUGAAGCACAAGCCUCCAUAGCUGCUCCCAUGAGUAACACCUCCCCUCAGAUACACAGGCCCCGCUCAACUCACCUGCCGUUGUCAUGUCCUCCUUCACACUCUGCCUCUCUUUAGGUGAAACUUUGCUCAAAAAUAAUGUCAUCUCAAACUCUGGCUGCCCAAUUUUUAAAACCCGUGUUGUGUUAGUGCAGUUUCCCUGGAUUGAUUUCACCAGGAAACCGUUGUUGCAGGCUAAUGCCUCUUUUAAUUACUUGGGGUUUAAUUACUUAAUGAUGAACUUUGGCUGACGUGAAGCAUCCUUGUUCGUUUGGCUUUCAGGCAAUCCAAUAAAUCACAGCUUCCCCGGUUUCCCAGUCUGGGAUAGCUCUGAUUUCCCAGUACUAAUUACCACUCAGAGUGUGAGGAAGAUGUCAGGCAAGCACAGUUUAUAUUCACCCACAGAGUUUCAAGAAGAGGUCUGAUCAGGCCAGCAUUAGUGGAGACGUGCGUGGACUGUUGUUGAAGCUUUAACAGGUUCAAUAGACGCUCUAAUGGCCCUUUUAAAGACCUCUUUCUAUGUUUUACAAGUAACAUCAGUGUUUCCUACACACAGACGGUACCUGGGCAGGCCGCCUAAGUAUUUUUCCUUACCAUUUUUACAUUCUUCCUCUACCACUUUAAGAUCGCCGUCCGCAAUCAGUAACUCACGUGAUCUCCCCUCAGUCUUUGGUCCUAACCUGCAGCAUCGGACACGUGCUCUCCCAGUGAUCAGAGAUCGAGAGAGAGAGAAAGGUCUGGCAGUGCCUCCCUUCAGUUAAUUCAUUGACUAAAUUGCAACAUCCCAUGGUAAAUCUUUACCUUCUCAUACCGCUGUUUUAAAAGUCAAAUGUGACUGAUUUGGUCAUUCAGCGCUAUCUUGUUUUUGAUUGUUGGGAAAUGUUACGUCAUUAACAAGUCUCAUCCGUACACAGAUCACCUGUGGGAUAGCGUGAACACAUUUCAAAAUGCUGAUUGUGUUAUUUAGGCGCCUUUAUCAAAAUGUUGCUCAUGAAGAUUAGACACACAGAGGAAAGUGAAACGGUAGGAGGUGGAGCAGGACACACCGCAAUGUGUAUAAAGAGAGGAGAGCUGUCAGUAUGAUGUGUGUGUGUGAGGAGGGGAUAACAGAACUGAGGGAAAGUAAGGUGAACUUGUCAGGGAACAAAGCACAAUUCAAAUUGAAACAAAUUAUAGAAUAAGAGACGGCAUGUAGAAGGUAUGUAAAAACAAUGUAUUUCAACACUCCCUAUUCACCCACCUGCAACAGGUAUAGUGUCAUUCUGUAGGAAACACUGAGCAUGUUAAAAUGUAGGUCGUUUUGCAAACAUUUAUGCCUGCAGCUGUCACCGAACUGGUAACUGAACCUCCUACUUAUCCAGGAGUUCACUAGGUAUUGAUGAUUGUUUCACUGUGACUUCUUUCUUUAAAGACAGCCUUUGUUUUAUGCCAACCCCCCCCACCCAAACACACAAACACAAACACAACCUGUCUUAGCCUACGUCUCUGUGCAGCACUGCAAGAAUGAUUUGAUAUAAAAGGUUUCUUUCCACAACAGAACGAACCUUUAUUUUGAAAAAUACACGACUCAAAUAAAUGGAGUCAAGUCUACACAUUAACCCUCUUGUUGUGCAUGUAUGUGAAUACACUACACAGAUGUGUACAAACAGCUGUACAGGUUUGGUUGUUGCUGAUUGACAGAUCGUUUCUGUACGUUCAGUCACUGAAGCGAACACGCUACACUGCUUGUGUAUUGAGCUCGCAGCACAUCGUCCUCCCAUCUAGCCACACACUGUAUGUAUCUAGCUACAUACUGUGCUUGUUGUAGUGAUAUGCAGAGCGUGUAGAGGAAGUUAAACACACAUACAUAGACACACAUACACACGCGUUAGUGCAUGUCUGCAGGGGAACAGAGAUUGAUUUCUUUCUGGUGGAAACAUUUUUUUUAAUGUUUAGUCCAAACUUUCUGUGAUCAAUGCACUUGUUUUAUGUUUCUUUUUUAUUUCUCUUCUUUGUUUUGAAGUAUUAAUCGAUAUGAGCUAGAAUGAGAAUUACAAAGCUGACGUUAUAAACAUACAAAUGAAAUUCUAUGUAUUUGUUAAAGUAGUUGGAGGUCCUCGCCUCCAUAUACAGUUCUACAUAGAAAGCUUUACGUGUAAAUAGCUGCAUCUUCUCUUGUCUGUCCUGGAUGAUUCUUGUGCUAUUGUGUUACAAAACCGAUGUGACACCAGGGGGGAAACUGCAGUACAUUGACCUUUGACCUUUUGACCUUUUGACCCUUUCCCUCUCCUGAAAUCCCAGUUUGUCCCAUCCUAUAUCUGCCUCCCUUCUUUGCCCCCAUAGCGUGAAGCAUUGUAAGCGUUUUGAGCUUUGUAAAGGUCUUUUUUUAAAUACUUAUUUUGUGCAUAAUGUAAAACCUGAAAGUGUGUACUUUGGAAAAAAAAAAUGUUUUGUGUCUGAAAUCAUAGCUUCAUUGAAAAAAAAAAAGAAACUAUUAAAAAAAAAGGUACAUUUACUAUAAAUAAUAUGAAAUGUUCUGCAGUAAGGAAGGACUUCUGGUGCCUUACAAAUAAAGUCAAUCAAAUCAUA